AUGCCGCUCUAUCGCAGAAGUAAGAACAAGUCAAAAGGCAAGGAGGCUGCGCAGAAAGCUCUCCUCCCAUGGGGGUAUGCUGUGACCGAAAAGGACACCAUCCCUCUUCUUGAUUUUGUCGACAUCAUCACAGCAGAGGAUCCCAAGGACUCGACCUCAACUCCUGAGCUGAAGAACUGCCUCCUGUAUUGGGACAGAGGAAGCUUAGAGGGUGGAGACGAGGCAAAAAUGAUCGAACUAGAGAUUGACACGAACAAGCAUUUCGCAUAUGUCAUCGACGUCCAACAGUGGUUUCGCGAUAGAUACCCAAAGGGCUUUUCCGGCAAAGAAAAACACAACCUUGGCGAAGCUGCCGACAUGGUGGGCGUAGCAUACACGACUCAAAACGAGCUCGAAGGCCAGUCAGAGGUCCAACGAGAGCGCAAUGAGGCAGCGGUCAGACAUUGCGCCGGAGGAGAUUCUCAUAUCACACUCUGCGCGAACGUGGAGGCUAUUCUCCAAUGUAUUCACCGUCUGGAGGCCGCUGACGGUCGUACCCGCAAGAUCCGCGAUGAUUUUUGCUUCAUCGCAAUAGACUUCGAGGGCGGAGGCAAGAUCGGAAGAGGUACGACCGAGGGUGGCAUAUCAAAGCUGUUCUCCAUCGAUUUGUGCGACUACAUGGAGAACUACGCGCUCAAGAUCGAGACCCGUCACGCUAUUGUACGCGAGAUGUUUAACGACCACAUCGACCGUAAAGCUCAGGAUGGUAAGAUCGCCAUCAACAACCGCAAAAAGGCGACGUAUCCUCGAAGCAAUUUCCGUGGACCAAACGCCACCGAAAAGCUGGACUACGAGCACUACAAACAUAAUAGAUGUCCGCCUGAAAUAUUCAGUAUUUCAGUGGAUUCCGAAGUGAUUCCCAUGCAUGAAAUGCAGUGGUGGAUCAUCCACCAGCUCCCAGUCUUCUCGAGAAACUACAUCGACCAGGUCACUUCUGAAAAGGCACCUAAGCAUAGCAGCUCAGGCGAGGGGAGCAGCUGGAUUGGGUCACAGGUUCCUCUAACCCCCUCAAACCGCCCCUCUCUCUUGUCCAAUACCCCCUCGACUACACUUGAGCACUUUCACAAUACAGUCACUCCUGCUGCUGAUGACAAAGCGAUCACAGAGGCUGCCAUUCUGUAUGGUACCGACCGUUCUACCCCAGGCCUCAAUGUUCACACUACUGUAGCACUUUGCACAGGAUUGAAGGGAGUCGCUCCCCACGCCAAGUACGGUAUCAAGGCAUCGAAGAAUGUCCCGCCUCACGUCAGAUACGGCACCAAGUUUCAACAGGCGAUCCCUCCUCAUCGCAGGAUCUACGGUAUCACCGGCGCCGCCCAGGGCAACGACGAGAGUAUUAAUAGGGCCACCAGAUGA